AUGCCUACUCCACUCGAUCGAGCAACUCAAUCCAAGAGUGCAUUUAUAGCUUUUGCCGGCAUCGUCGCCGCCGUCGGUGCAUGGACAAUAUGGGGAUCUGGCCCCAUGUUCCCUCCUGAGGCAGAUCCAAGUGGUGGCAAGACACUGAAAGCCUAG